CCGGUUUCUUACUAACACAAUGCCUCCUACGACGACGACAACGACGACGACGACGGAAACGCUCAAGACGAAGCUGUUCCCUGCCCCACCCAUAAUGGCCACCUGUGCGAAUGUGACCCUGACUACAGGCAUGACCUCGACCCUGAGACCGCUUCGACGCAACCUUCCCUCCAAACGUUCCCAAAUACCUCGUCAUCCCCGUCCAACUCAGCUAUCCCGGCCAGACCACAAGCGCUUCAAUCUGCCCUCGAUAGCCGUCGCCGACUUUGGCGUAUCUUACAUGUACUCCCCAGCGGAGGACACACUCUCUACAACUGUCACAGCCGACGGCAAACAGACGACUGGCAUCCCCUUCAACUACGGCGCCCCCGACGACUUUCUCUGCGUCGCCCCCCUGGGGCGCGCCACGGACAUGCGGUCGCUCGCGGCGACCAUGUUCGCCGUCACGGAUGAGGCGGCGAGGAAGAAGAGGAGGGAAGAGUGGGGGACGGAGGAUCUCUUGGAGGAGAGGAUGCUGCGGCAUCUGAGGUAUCGGGUAGGCUCGGACGAGGAAGACGAAGACGAUGAGUACUGGGAAGGGCACGGGGAGGAAAAUCGCCAGUACGAGUACUACAUGACUCGAGAUGACAUCCACCAGUUUGGUGAUUUGCUUGGGAGCAUGUUCAAGUGGAAGUCUGGAGAAACGGCGAGCCUUGAGCGGAUCAUGAAGCACCCUUGGUUCGAGGGGAAAGUCUUUCCCAUGGCUGAGGUUGAAUUGAAGUGGCGCCUGGCCGGUCGGAUAGAUAGACCAAUUUCUUAGCCAGGUGUCACGUAAGGCUGGGACUUUGGCUUUGGGUAUGCCAAAUCAGUGAUCUGGUGUGGCAAAUUGAGGGGAAACUUGGAAGAAAGAGGUACUUCGAC